AUGUCACCGAAGAAACUUCAUGUUGGCUUGAGGGCUAGCGAUGACGAGUGCAGAGGAGUACAUACUCAGAAGGAUUCCAUAGAUACUAUGCAUGAUAACAGAGAGAAGUGUUGUGGUAGCUAUAUAGAAAUGCACUCUAAUGACGAUCCGAGACUCUCUCCUGAUAGUCUCUACACUAAUCAGGUCAAACAGGCCCCUCGAGAAUACUUAAACGAGUGUAAAGGAAUGUGCUAUGAGAGUGAAAAGAAGAUUGAGACUGUAUUAGAAACACCGAGCUGUCGUGAGAUUGCUCAAGCAGACCCUAACUGUUCGCAAAAGUCUUGUACUGAUGAGUGCUGUCUUGAGAGUUCUUCAAUAAUAGCUGAGGUUACCGACAACUGCGAAGAAAAAUGUUGCGAAGAACAAUCGAUAAGUAGCUUUGAAGUGGUUUUAAGUGAUUGCGAGAGUCAUCAGCCUGUUGAUAGUACUAUUGAAGUACCUGAUUGUAAGCCUGAUACUUCCAGUCAAUAUCUAGCGAAGGAUGGCUGUUUCUUUGAAUCGAGAAAUCCUAUUUCCAAGAAAAGAAAAUGUGGAGUCAGUGGAAUCAAAACUGACAUUACAAGUAAAUCUGAAUGCUGCAACAUCUCGUGUGUCGAACGCCUUGCAUCUCGUGGCUGUACGAAAAAAAUUUCUGGUAACAAGACUGAUUUUGAGAAUUAUAGCAGGUGUGCUAAAGAAACUUCAAGCGAGAAAUACUCUAGUGAGCGCUAUUUCGAGAUAUAUAAUCGUUAUUCUUCAAUCUUGAAAGCUUUAGGUUGUAUUUGCAACUAUUUGCGUGCUUUGGGAGAGGAAUCUUGCUGUCAUCCAAAGAUCAGUUUUUGCAACAGUGGGGAAACUUCUAUGAAAUCAAAAUACUCAUACCGUAAGAGUUCUGUAUUUCCAAUAAAGAAAAAACUUGAAAAAGACGACAAAAGUUCGAGUAAUCAUAAAAUCGUCCCGGCAAGUUCUAUUUGUUCCAGUAGCUGCUGCAAUGAAAACAGAGUCUCCGCUGUUACUUCAGCUAUUUACCGUCACUCUUCAGAAGAGAGGACACGAAUCGAUUCCGUAAAACCGAUUCGGGAAGUGGAUCUUCUUAACGUUGAAACAGGAUCCACCGGUAACGAGCACGUCGUUCUUAGUGUGUCAGGUAUGACAUGUACUGGCUGUGAAACCAAGCUCAAGAGAUCAUUUGCUGCACUUGAAUGUGUUCGCAAUUUGAAAACCAGUUUGAUAUUAUCACAAGCUGAAUUUGAUCUAAACCUUGCUCAGGGAUCUGUGAAGGAUAUUAUUAGGCACUUGAAGAGAACUACAGAAUUCAAGUAUGAACAGAUUUCAAACCGCGGUUGUACUAUAGAUAUUACUGUACCUCAUCCAGCAAAUGCUUUCAUGAACAAUGAAUGGCCACAAGGAGUCACAGAAAUGGAAACUAUUGAGAAGAAUAUCGUUCGUGUGUACUUCGAUCCCAAGAUUAUAGGUGCUAGAGACCUUAUCAAUAAAGGAUGGAAUGUGCCUGUUAAUCUAGCUUCUCCUAGUGCACACCCAACCGUUGAAGCAGGGAGAAAGCACUUAGUCCGUGUGGGCUUCACCACCAUACUAUCUGUAAUAUUGACGGUUCCCAUUCUUGUGAUGGCUUGGGCUCCACAUCUUCGUGAAAAAGUCUCAACUAUGUCCGUGUCGUUGGGACUAGCAACUAUCAUUCAGUGUGUUAUUGCGGGACCGUUCUACUUGAAUGCUCUGAAGAGCUUGUUAUUUUCCAGACUUAUCGAAAUGGAUCUAUUGAUUGUUUUAAGUACUAGUGCAGCCUACAUUUUUUCGAUUGUAUCAUUUGUAUACUUUGCUGCAGGUCAUCCAUUACCUACCGAGCAGUUUUUUGAAACUAGUUCUUUGCUUGUAACCCUAAUCAUGGUUGGCCGCUUUGUGAGUGAGCUAGCCAGACAUAGGGCUGUGAGUUCAAUAUCAGUACGUUCUUUACAGGUCUCUUCUGCUAUUAUACUUGAUGAAAGUGGCAACGAGACAAAAAUUGAUAUCCGGCUUCUCCAACAUGGCGAUAUUUUUAAGGUUGUCCCUGACUCACGAAUUCCAACUGACGGAACAGUUAUUUCUGGCUCUUCUGAAGUCGACGAAGCAACGAUUACAGGCGAAUCAAUGCCUGUCCCAAAAACUUGCCAAUCCACUGUUGUUGCUGGAUCACUAAAUAUCACUGGCACGUUGUUUGUGAAGCUAACUAAGCUUCCAGCAAACAAUACUAUUAACAUCAUAGCCACGAUGGUUGAUGAAGCAAAACUAACUAAGCCAAAGAUCCAAAAUAUCGCUGAUCAAAUUGCAAGUUAUUUUGUCCCGCUUAUUAUUGGAAUCACUGUUGUCACCUUUUGUGUUUGGGUGGGAAUUGGAAUCAAUGUUAAGAAGCAAUCCCGUUCUGAUUCCGUAAUCCAGGCUAUAAUAUAUGCCAUUACUGUACUCAUAGUUUCUUGUCCUUGUGCAAUCGGGCUAGCAGUUCCUAUGGUAUUUGUUAUUGCGAAUGGAGUCGCUGCAAAAAGAGGAGUAAUCUUCAAGUCGGCUGAUAGCAUAGAGGCCGCUCACAACACUUCACAUGUCAUUUUUGAUAAAACGGGUACUUUAACUGAAGGAAAACUUACCGUUGUACAUGAAAUCAUGAAGGAUGAUAAUCUCGAUGCCCAAUCUCAAUUACUUGGAUUGAUCGAGGGCAUUAAACACCCAGUAUCUAUCGCAGUAGCGUCAUAUCUUAAAGAACAGAAGGUGCGCGCCCGUCGUGUCCAUGAUACGAAAGCUUUGACUGGUAAGGGGGUAGAAGGGACGUCCCAUUCUGGUUCGAAGCUUCAAGGAGGAAACAGUCGUUGGAUUGGUAAUAGUGAUGAUCCUGAUGUCCAAAAAUUCCUGGAACAAGGAUAUACAGUUUUUUGUUUUAGUGUAGACGGUUCACUCACUGCUAUCUAUGCUCUAGAAGACUCUUUACGAGCAGAUGCUCUCGCAACAGUCAAUUCCUUGCGCCAAAGAGGUAUCUCAAUCCACAUUUUGUCAGGAGACGAUGAUGGAGCUGUUCGUUCGCUGGCUGCUCGUCUUGCAAUUGAGAGCUCCAAUAUUCGUUCUCACGCAACACCUGCAGAAAAGGGAGAAUAUAUUAAGCGUAUUCUCGAAGGCGUAAAUUCUGAGAGUUCUCCACAGUCAGAAAGACCAGUGGUUGUUUUUUGUGGCGACGGUACGAACGAUGCAAUCGCUUUGACCCAAGCCACGAUUGGUGUUCAUAUCAACCAAGGGAGUGAGGUUUCCCAGCUAGCCGCUGACGUCGUUAUGCUGAAACCAAAACUUAUCAAUAUCCUGAUUAUGAUGACUGUAAGUCGGAAAGCGAUGUUUAGGGUCAAACUGAAUUUUAUGUGGAGUUUUACUUACAACUUGUUUGCCAUUCUUUUGGCAGCUGGAGCCUUUGUUAACUUUCAUAUUCCACCAGAGUAUGCAGGUUUGGGGGAACUUGUUAGUAUCCUUCCUGUAAUCCUUGUAGCCACUCUUUUACGUUAUGCAAGUAUUUAG